UUGUUUUUACUUACAAACAUGGCUUUCUUCUUGAUGGGUUAAAUGUUUAAUUAAAUAUAGAUCAGGUGCAAGAUCAGAAGGGGACAUGAAAACAAGAUAUUCUUCAUCGCUGCUUGCCUUCUUCUUCUUCUUCAUAAUCAGUGCCUUCUUCAUCCACUCAACUUCGAAUACUUUGCCUUCACCAGACGAUCGAUCAUCAGGUUGUGGGUUAGAUUUCCAUUAUUCUUACCAACCAUCCGGUUACUGCUUGGUUCCCAAAAGGAAAAUAAUCCAAUGGGACAGCAUCUCCACACCUCUUUGCUGUCGAAAUGCCCUAGUUGCCUUCUCCUUGGCACUAGCUCAACGAUCAAGUAACCAAACCAACGGCAGUAUUUUUCUAAAACAAAGUCAGUGGGACAAAUGCGGCGGCCCUUUUAGAAAUCAAAAACAAGUAUCCCUGCAAUAUUGUGGCUUUGAUAAAUUUUACUAUAGCGAUAGCAAGUGCACAAACUUAUCUGUUUCAACAGUUCAACAGAGGAGUGAGUUCCAGAGUGUCCUAGAUUCGUGUUCUCGCUUAAGCUCUUCGUUUGAUUGGUGUGGGAAUUGCUCUCGAGCAUUACUGACCAUGAGGAAUUCUAUGAUGGAAGAAUCGAAGGAUCAUGAAAACGAUGUUGAUGUCAAAGCUUUAUGUGGGUUAGCAGCCGUUAUUUCGAUUGCAGCCGCUAAGUGGACUGAAACGUCUUUGAUUGGCAAUUUAUAUAACUGUUUUGAGUCUUUAGAUAACCUUGAUCCUGGUUACGUCAAGCUCAAAAAUUCUAUGCUGAAAGCGAUAAUUGCGAUCAUCAUAGCGACAAUCACAGUGAUACUAGUCCUUGCACUGAUUAAAUAUGUGGCGAAGAGCAAGCGAAACCGCAGGCGCAAACCUCGAAAGGCUAGUAAAGAGAUCACUACUACAUGGUCUAGUCUCUAUAGAUUUUCCAAGGCGGAGAUUGACGCUGCUAUUGGUUUUUACCCUGAAAUAAAGUACCUGGGAAGAGGCAGUGCUGGCCAAGUUUACAAAGGCGUUUUGCCUAGUGGACAAGUUGUGGCCAUCAAGCAUAUGAAUAGAAGCAACAACACUGAUUCAUUUACAAGGGAAGUUGAAGGUCUUUCAAGAGUUCGGCACCCAAACCUCGUUUGCCUUUUCGGUUGUUGCAUUGAAGGAGGCGAGCAUUUUCUUGUGUAUGAAUAUUGUCCAUCCGGGAAUCUAGCUCAACAUCUACUAAGAAAAGACGUUGUUUUAACAUGGGAGAGAAGAGUUAAAAUCCUGAGAGAUUGUGCACUUGCACUGAGGUAUCUCCAUCAUAAUAUCGACGGCUGCAUUGUCCAUAGAGAUAUCAAGCUUACAAACAUCCUUUUGACUGAAGACAUGGAACCCAAGCUUUCUGAUUUUGGAUUAGCGAAGAUGCUAGGCAUGGAAGAGAGCAAAGUAUUUACAGAUGUUAGAGGAACCAUAGGCUAUAUGGAUCCAGAAUACAUGACCAACGCCAAACUAACAUGUGCUAGUGACAUCUACAGUUUUGGUAUUGUUGCUCUCCAACUUUUAUCUGGACAAAAGGUCAUUGAGUUGGAUCUAGAUGCAAGAGAGCAGCUCACAAGAAAGGCAAGGGAUGUAAACUUGGGAAAGCGCCCACUUUCAGAUUUUGAAGAUCCACGACUGAAUGGAAAUCUCAACAAGGCGGACUUUGAAUCCAUCUUACAAAUUGCUGUACUAUGUGUUGCCAAAUCAAGCAAAGGCCGGCCAACUAUUAAAGAUGUUUUUGAAGAGAUUGACAAGGCUUGGAAAAACACAAAGGCUGAAAUGGUUAACUUGAGUUCAAAUAAGGAAACGAGUUCAUCAGCAAUACCGUCUAAAUCCUCGGAUGUGUUUCCAGUUUGAGAGAUAUUGUUGAAUGUCCCUGUUGGCAUUGAGAGGAUGGAAGGGAACACCAAGCAAAGAACGUCAAUCAAGGAAGAGGAAUUUUUUUUUUUUAAUUUUUUU